GAGAGGAGACAGACACAGACCCAAUAGCCAGCAUCUUGCACAGACAGCCGACAGCAUCUGUGUGGUAAGUCAUGUCCAGCUGUGUGCAGUCAAGGGUCAGUGCGCUGACCUGGCAAACAGAGUCCUGGGAGAAGGCUGUGAGGUAACUUCAGGCUGAUCAGCUUUCAUCAGUUACAACAGCAGAACAGCAAUAGCAAGGACGGUGCCAACAAGCUUGAGCCGUAUAUGGAAAACCCGUUCCCCAUAACUGAUGACGUGGUGCACAAGAUCCGACUUGUGAACUGCGGAGGUAGGGGGACGAAGAAAUAGAAGAUAUUCGCACCGCCAUCUUAGAAUAUUAUUAACUGUUGUAGUUUUGGAUACGCAUUUUUCGAUUUUGACUGCUUCGUUUCCCUGCAAUGGAAGAGGUGGUGUGCGCGGUAUGUGUUCAGUUUGAACCCCAGACAUGGCGGAAGUCUCUAUGUAAGAACUGUUUUCAUGGCCUCGAGGAACAUACGGAAGACGUUGAUAAAACACCGGCGGUGACUCAGAAAGAUGAGUCGGAUAAAAAUGAGGAAAAAACGACAGGUGCCAAGACACAAGAAACAGCCAAAGAACAACUAGCCACGCUAAAAACAGGUAAAGAUAGUAAACAUGCCACCGCAUCUAUUCCUAAAACUAGCCCAAAGUCACCAACCAAAACUACUACGGCUUCACUGUCGUCUAAAUUUGGAUCUGCUUUAAGUAAAAAUACAGAUAAUGGUAAAACUGAUACCGGAAAAGCAACAGGGAGGUUAACAAGUAUAUCGUCUAAAUCCACCACUGAGGCAACGAAACGUGUACCUGGCUCAGUUUCCAAGCAGACGACAGAUGUGAAAAUAGCAGGAAAAGUAACUGACAAAAAGCUGAAUGGCUCUGAUAGUAAACUGAAGACAUCUAGUUUAAAAGAAAGUAAUUCGUCAGUGAAGGAUUCAUCAGUGACAAGGCUAGGGCAUAAAUCUGGAGAAGCGAAAACUGUUGACGCAAAGCGCUACAGCCUAGUGAGCCGGCUCAGGUUUCCAAGUCGGACAACAAUAAGUCUGCAGGCAGCAGCAGUCGGUAUGCCAGUACGGGAGGGUGAAGGGAGUCAUGUUACUGCUAAGACACUUGUGAUUGGCAAGGAGAAGGAAUCAGUAUCUACCAGUGCGUCUAAAACAGUGCACGCGUCUGCAAGUAGCAGUAAAACAGUCAAAGUCGUCGCAACUGGCAAACCGGAUGAUGGCAGUUCGGGCUCCGGUAGAAAGUCACCUUCGAUUACGAUCAGUCUCCGAGGAGGUGUGGCGGAUAUCAAGGUAGGAAGAGCCGGCUCUACAGCUAAAGUAGCAGGAACACUUGAGGAUGGUCAUGAGACAAAGGAACACGAAAUUAAGAAUCUUAAAAUCAAGGAAAAAGAAUUUAGGGAGUUGAAAGCCAAAGAAAAUUAUAUAAACGCUAAAGAGAAUGAAAUUCGUAAGCAGGAAGAGAACUUAGCAGGACUGAAGGCUAAACUAGCUCAGAUGGAAGAGAAGUGCAAAAAGCUGGAUGAGGAAAAUAUGUCUCUUAAGCAAACUUCUGCUCAUGAGAAGAAAGAGGACAUGGAAAAGCUACUUGGAGACUUGAGGCGGCAGCUAUCUUCCAUGGAAGAUCGGUGUGUCAAAUUGGAGGGCGACAACGUAGGCCUUAUGGCUGGACUUAAAGAGAAGGAAGAAGCACUAAGAAAAGCCAGUCAUGGUGGAUCAUUGGAAAUGGUUGCUCUCAGCCAGAAGUUCCGUGACUCGGAGAAAGAUGUAGGCGAGGUGGAGGAGGAGAAUGCAGAAGCUAAAAAGAGAUCAAGGGAGAUACGUGAGGAGAUGGAGGAAAUGUAUGACACUUUCAAGAAUGAAGUGGAUGAAUUCAGGGACAUGCAAGAAGAGCUAGAAAUCACAGCCAAAAUUUGUCGCAUUUUGCAGUUCAAACUUCGGAAAUCUGAACGUCGCAUUGAACAGGUUGAAGCCGAUAAAACUCACUAUGAGGAAAGGAUGAGACUACUACAAAAUCAAUGCGAGUCUGAGGACACACGUGCGCACGUGCGGAAAGUGGAGGACGAGCUGAAGAUGGAAGAAGUGUCGGUGAGGCUGCACGACGAACUUGACAUGUUGGAUGAAAAGAAGAACAAGUCAGAGGAAGAUAGCAGACAUCUCACCGAACUUCUGGAACAAGCUGACAAGAAACAGUUUCGUAUGGAGAUGGAGAUUGAUAAAUUACGUGAUCAG